AUGGGCAGCCAGGAGAAGGUAGAAACAAUUGAAAGCAGAGAAUGGUACUUGGCAGCCCAUGCACCAGAAGGUGUUCCAACGUCUGAUCAUCUUAAACUCCGGACUUUCAGUAUAUCUCUGGCCGAUGAAUCCAUCCAUGAAAACCACGUAGUGGUUAAGAUCCUCUACAUCUCCGUUGAUCCAUAUCUACGCGCCAUUAUGACUGGUAUUGAUGACGGUUUGUGCCUUCCCCAGUUCCAGAUUAACCAGGUGAUAUUUUCAUAUGGUAUUGGAAGAGUGAUUCGGUCGAAGGAAAGUAAUUAUUCAGGGGGUGAUUUUGUGCCAAGUCCCGUUAUGCCAGUAGCUGAAUAUUCAAUGGUGCAACCAUCUCAGUUACGUUUCAAGAAUAUUGAUCCAGGGCCAGGAAUUCCAUUUACAGACUAUCUUAGCACUUUAGGGGUAGCUGGAUAUGCAGCAUGGGUGGCACUUAAGAUGAUAGGGAACCCAAAACCAGGCUCAAAUGUGUUUAUAUCAGCGGCUGCCGGAGGUGUCGGUAUGCAUGCCGGACAGUUGGCUAAACUCAAAGGUUGUAAUGUCAUUGGAAGCACAGGAACGGAUGAAAAGGUGGAGCUCUUAAAGGAGAUCGGAUAUGAUGAUGCAUUCAACUAUAAUGCAUCAGAAUCAUUUGAUGCUGCCUUAAGCAAGUAUUGUCCUGAUGGCAUUGAUUUUUACCUUGACAAUGUUGGAGGUAAGAUGCUAGAGGCUGUUCUCAACCACGUCAACCACAAGGCCCAUAUCGUCCUCUGUGGAAUGAUAUCUCAAUAUAAUAAGGUUUGGAAGGAGAGAGAUGGGAUAAGGAAUCUGUUGAACAUGGUUGGUAAAGAGGUAAAAAUGGAGGGGUAUUUGAUGAGUUCAUUGGAUCAUAGAUUCGGUGAUUUUACAAAGGAGAUGGAGACCUACAUAAAACAAGGCAAAAUUAUUUCAAAACAUGUUAUUUAUAACGGAAUUGAGAGCUUCUUGGAGAGCUUAGGAUCCAUGUUCUCAAGCUCUAAUAUAGGCAAGGUCUUGAUUCAAAGUAGAAACAAGAUUUAA